AGUUUGAUAAACUGAAUGCAAUAUAGUGCUUCUUUUUAAAGACUUCAGGUUGAAUUUUCAGGGUCAGCCUUCUUCAGAACUUCAUCAAAAUCAAAAUCAAAGCUUCCCAGCUUAGUUAGCAGUUGACGUAAGCAAGUUUGCCAAGUAUCUGGCAAGGUGCUGUUUCUUUGGACCACUCUCGGCUUCUUUGGCCAAAGAAGUUGCCAGUGUUUGCAGAAUUUCCAUGAUGUUGAGAAGCUAGUAAAGACGCCAGAGGUAGGAUAGGCCUGUGUGUAGGAUUCAACUCGGAUUUGAACCUCCGCCUAUCAGACCAUUCACCCUACAAUAAUUGCUAACCACCAAGAACUCUACAGUCAUUCCUUUGUCAUUGCUCUUAUUGAUAUAUUAUUUUGACACUGAAAUGCAUGUAUUUUGCUCUUCUACGGCAUGUUCAAAUAUUUACAAUCGACUAUGCCUCUCUUUCUUGAAUGCAUACAGUCAGUUUACGUUCCAGACGACAUACCUGAAUGAAUUCAGUCACGUGAGCAGUUUGAAUUCCCAGUAAAGGUCUGCGUUAGCUUGUGGUCGGAUAUCCUAUAGGGAGGGUUUACCAGCCGUAAGUGAUUUGUACUGAAGCUAUCCCGGGUGUUUUCCGUGAUUAGGUCAGGUGUCAGAGAGGAAGAAAACAAUCCUAAGCAGGUAAGAUCACCUGUGCGGUCUUUUGAUACAGGUUUUAUUCCCAAGACAGCGCUUUCACUGGAAUCCUCUACAUAGAUCCACAAUAUGGACACGACUACCCUUACCGAAACAUCAACAGCUGAUCGAUACGAUGCCUUUGCCAAAGCCGGGGUGAGCACUGAGGAUAUCGUCAUCAUUGCAAUUUACUUUGGCUUCUGCGUUCUCGUCGGAGUGUGGUCCACAUGGAAGACACAAAGGUCGAGCGUAACAGGAUAUUUCUUGGCGGGAAAGGAUCUCUUAUGGUGGCCCAUCGGGGCCUCGCUGUUUUCUAGUAACAUCGGGAGCGGCAGCUUCAUUGGUCUAGCAGGAACAGGGGCAGCCAAUGGGAUUGCUGUGGCAAGCUACGAGUUGAACGGACUGUUUUGCUUACUCCUGCUCGGAUGGAUAUUUGUGCCUGUUUACAUCGCUUCCGGGGUGUUUACUCUGCCGGAGUAUUUAAAGAAGCGUUUUGGUGGACAGCGUCUACAGGUGUACAUGUCUGUUUUGGCGCUAAUACUCUACGUCUUCACUAAAAUAUCGGCGGACAUGUACGCAGGAGCUAUCUUCAUCAACCAGGCCAUCCGCUGGGAUUUAUACCCCGCCAUCUUGUUGUUGUUGGCAAUCACGGCAGUAAACACGGUUGCAGGCGGGCUGAAGGCGGUCAUCUACACGGACACGUUACAGACUGUCAUCAUGGUGGGCGGUGCUGUCAUCCUGAUGAUCAUCAGUUUUAUCGAGGUGGGCGGAAUAAAUCGGCUGUACGUGAAGUACUUUGAUGCCAUUCCUGUGGACAGCCUGGUUAACGGCACACAAUGUGGGGUGCCGCCGUCAGACGCAUUACACCUACUGAGGGGCGCCAGCACCACAGAUAUGCCCUGGCCUGGUAACGUGGUGGGCAUCACUAUCCUCAGUAGCUGGUACUUCUGUUCAGAUCAGGUGUUGGUACAACGAACUCUGGCCGCCAAAAACAUGCUACACGUGAAGGGGGCAUCCAUCAUGGCGGCGUACCUGAAGAUCUUACCACUGUUUACCACUGUGUUCCCAGGCAUGAUCAGUCGGGUCCUUUUCACAGAUCAGGUCGCAUGUGUGCAGCCUGAGAAUUGUGAGAAGGUAUGUGGGAAUCCUGCAGGCUGCACUAAUAUCGCCUACCCCAAACUCGUCAUUGAGCUUCUUCCCAAUGGUAUGCGCGGUCUGAUGCUGGCCGCCAUGAUGGCUGCCCUCAUGAGCUCUCUGACGUCAGUGUUCAAUAGUGCUAGCACCCUCUUCACCAUUGACGUCUGGAAGCGUAUCCGACCUAGAUCUUCUGACGGAGAAUUGUUGGUUGUGGGAAAGUUGUUCGUUCUUCUAUUGGUUGGGUUAAGCAUUUUAUGGAUACCCGUUCUGCAAGCUGCGCAAGGGGGGCAACUCUUUAACUACAUCCAAUCAGUGACUGGAUACUUCGCCCCACCUGUCCUAAACGUUUUUCUCAUGGCGAUGCUUUGGAAAAGAACUAAUGAACAGGGUGCGUUUUGGGGCCUGAUGAUAGGGCUGGUGGUGGGGAUGAUCAGAAUGGGGCUGGACUUCGGCUUCUCUUCCCCGGCCUGUGGGGACACGGCAGAGGACCCCAGACCCAUCAUCACCUCCCAGAUCCAUUUCCUUCACUUCGCCAUCAUCCUCUUCUUCAUCAGCAUGUUCACCACUAUCAUCAUAUCCCUGUUUACAUCUCCUGUGGACGAAAAACAUUUGCCGCGGCUGACUUGGUGGACUCGCCAUAGUAAAGUGACCAGAGAGGAAUUCCCAGAGGAGAAGGAGGCCCGCCUCAAGCACGAGGAAGGAGAGGAAAUCGCCAGGCUGAAGCAGGUCGACCCGGCCACUCUGCCUGCCUGGCGCCGGACGGUGUAUGUCGUCUGCGGCUAUGAACAGUCCAGACCGGAAAUGACCGAGGAAGAGAAAGUCGAACAGAACGCAGCCUUGACGUCCAUAGAAGAAGAUCCGAAAUGGAGCGUGUUUGUUAACAUUAACGCUGUGAUACUGAUGACUAUUGGGAUGUUCCUGUGGGGCUUUUUUGCCUGAUCACGGACAUGAGGGGUUUCCACACUAAUUAACUAUCACGGGACAUGAGGGGUUUCCACGCAAACCAUCACGGGACAUGAGGGGUUUCCACACAAACCAUCACUAGACACGAGGGGUUUUCACACAAACCAUCACAAUAGACGUGAAGUAACUUACAAAUUCUGUGUCAUUACUCUAAGACUUUAGAAAGGAGCGUGUUAGCACAAAUCUAAGCAUCCAAUGUUCGGCAGAAUUCUUCACAUUCCGCGGCUUUAUGCAUCGCCAAGAUUUAAUGGGACCGUAACAUAAUCUCAAGAAAUGUCAAACAAACAAAUCUCCAGUUUUCAAAGAUGCUUGAAUCAGAUGGAAAUUAUACAAUAAAUACAGGACGGUAUGAAGUCUUUACAAAAGUGUGAAAGUUCUUGUUAUUUGGGACACAGCGAUGGCUGAAAUGUUCCGUUCUUGCACGUUGAAUGUUCUGUACUAAAAGCUCAUCAUGCACGGGAAGCUUGGUGAUAUAUUUUUGACAUCUAUUUUGGAUCCUGCAGGAAUGUUUACAAGGUUCAGCUGUUUUUAUUUAAUUAUUUGUUAACCAGAUUUUAUGCAUAUCUCAUCGUUAUACCAUUUAUUAACGGCAAUAAAGCAGUGUUUUACACGUUGUCCAGUAAUCGC